CCAAAUCCCGCAAUAACGCCGCACACUCGUAGCAUAAGUACUCCGCAGUUCACUGCAUAACUCCGCACCCCUUAGAUCUAACUCCCCUCUCUCUCUCUCUCUCUCUCUCUCUCUCUCCUCAAAUAAUGGCACGCAACAAAGCCCAGAAACCCUUAACAGAGGACCCACCAGAGGCGGACUCCUCCGAAGAGGUCACCGGCUCCUCUUCCUCCGGCGAAGAAGGCGAAGAACCCGAAGAAGAGGUCUCCAACACUGGUUCCUCCUCCGGCGAAGAGGAGGAAGAAACCCCAUCAACCCCUGUACCACCGCCUGCCCUAGCUUCCUCCAAGAAACUCCCUUCUUCCGCCGCCGCCACCAAGAGACCCCUCCCCGAGGAUGACUCCGACGAUGAUACCACCGACGAUUCACCGCUGCAUACCUUAAAGUCUGCCUCAAAGCCCGCUAUUGAAACCCCUUCUACCGCCUCCAAGCCCAGAUCUAAGUCUACCGUCGCCGCUCUCGCCGCUGAGAAACGCCCAUCGGAGUCAGAACUCAAGACCUCUUCUAAAAAGCCGAGGAAAGAGAAAUCGGGAAGUGGGGCCGCCCCUCUUGCUGCUGUUUCCCCUGUCGUUCACGAAGAGGGUUCAAAGAAGCUGUUUCAGAGGGUAUUUAGUGAAGACGAUGAAAUUGAGAUUCUGAAAGGUAUGAUUGAAUAUAGGGCUAAAAGGGGGGCUGACCCGAUGUUUGAAAUUGAUGAUUUUUAUGGGUUUGUCAAGAAAUCUGUGCAUGUUGAUGUUAAUAAAGGUCAGAUUGUUGAUAAGGUCCGUAGGCUUAAAAAGAAGUUCUUUAAUGCUAAGAAGAAGAAGCUCUCUAACCCUCAUGAGAUUCAUGCUUUUGAAUUGUCUAAAAAGAUUUGGGAUAUUAAUGGGGGUGAUGAUGUUAUGGAGGAUGACAAGAUUAACAAUGGGGCUGUUGAACAUAAUAACAAUAAUGUCUGGUCGAGCCCGAAACCUAAACCUAGGGUUCUGAAGCUUAAGACCGGUGGUGGCGGUGGUGUUGGUGGUACUAGUACUGGUAAUGGGGGUGUUGUUUUGGAGGAGAUGAAGAAGAAAAAGGAGGAUAACGAGGGUGAAAAGGGUGGUGGAAAGGUGUCUGAGUUUGUGGAGAAGGAUGUAGAGUUUGAGGUUGGGGAGGCUGUGGCUUGGGAGAAGUUGAGGAAGAAAGGUCUGACAAUGAUGGGAGCGAAGGCAAGGGCUGAGAUUGAUGAGAUGUGGGAGAAAGUGGCCAUGAAGCAAGCCGAGGCGAAGAUCCUGCGUUCUGAAGUGGAACAAGAAGAGACUCGGAGGAUUAUGGAAGCUCUUAGGUCUGGUAAGAAUUAGGGUACAUUGAAGAAGUUUGAUGUGACCGAGUUUUGUGAAGAUUGGAACAAUGCGGCAGGUAGAUGAAUUAUGUUUCUAUGGUUAGUAGUUUCAAGUUUGAAGACUGGAUAGAGAUGAUUCUUCUCUAAUUAAGCCUUAGGAUGUACAUCCCUUUUAAGAGGCUUUUUAUGUUUAAGAUGUUUUUAGGUACAGUUGGUUGUUUAGAUUCCGAGAUCAAAACUCUGAGGUGCUUUGGUUGUAUUUUAGCUAUUGUUAAAUUCUUGUGGUAUGAAAUGGUUAAUGCUAGUUCUGUUAUUCUAA